AUGUCUGAUGAUAAAUCAGUUGAUUCCGGAGAACACGAGAUUUCUCGUACUACUUCAGCAGCACAUUCUUUGGCGUCAUUGAAAACUGAAGAGCAUACUAAGUUGUAUGAUCAUAGACAGCAACAUGACUACGUUUCUCAUAAUCCUGGGCCGGCUGCACCGGCUGCAGCUGCGCGUAAUCCCAUGCAGGGUCCAAACUUGGGAUCGUACUCGAAUUCACUAGGAGUUACGGGCUCAGGUUCCCGCGAAGGAGCAGCAGGAUUAACUGGAGUAUCUGGUAUAAACUUUGAUGGUGAUUCCGAUGAUGAUCUUAGCCUUCCAAACCCUGGCUCCAAUACGUAUGUUCCUAUCGGUCCUUCAAACUCAAGCAAGCUUGGGAAGCUGAAAGUGCCUGGUUCCCAUUCUGCCGCACAUUAUAGCAAAUCCUAUUCUGAUGGCUCUCAACCUCAUUCAAGACGCGGGUCGCAUUCAUUAGGUAUUCCAUUGAUCAAGAAGAAAUCGAGAUCUUCAUCCAAUACUUCCAUCAAAGGGAACCCUCUAACAAGAACAGUCUCCUCUAAGUCUCAGAGCUCUCAAAAAUCGAGAGAACUGAGACGUCGUCUUACAAGAAAUGCCUCCAUCGAUAGUGAUAAUUCACAAGUGUCACACCUGUCUCAAGAGACGGAAGAAGAUGUGUGUUUCCCUAUUCAAAAAAGGGAACAUACACGCAUUAACGGUAUUGAUUUCGAUGAAUUAGAAGAAUUUACGGCACAAGAAAAAGCCAUAAACAACAGCCAUCUAUAUUCCCACCCUGCUGUGACGACUCAGAAUACUUUUGGUCAACAUUCAGGUAAACCACCAUCUUCAACAGAUUCGUCCACCUCUUCAUCAUCCGCAGCUCUCAAGUAUACUCCUAGACCAGAAGCUGUUGCCCAAGGGAUCUCUUUCGGUAAUAAUAAAGUUGAGCCGGAUGAGUAUGACGAAGAUGAUAUCAAAAAGAUGAACUCAAAUUACACUUCUACGGUUCCUCCAAUACCAGAACAGACAACUCCAUUUGAUGCACCCAAUAGAUUUGCCUAUUUUAGUUCUGACGUAUCUGAAACUUUGCAUGCUCCAGACCUCUCGUCACUAGUGAAGCCUUAUCAAUCAUUUAGACAAUUAUUCAAUGAUGGUGCUCCUACCUGGUGGUUGGACUGCAGUUGCCCUACAGAUGAGGAAAUGAGGUGCUUGACCAAAACAUUUGGAAUUCAUCCCUUGACAUCAGAAGAUAUCAGAAUGCAAGAAACUCGUGAAAAAGUGGAACUUUUCAAAAACUAUUAUUUCAUCUGUUUCCAUACGUUCGAAAAUGAUAUGGAAUCGGAGGACUUUUUAGAGCCCAUUAACGUCUAUAUGGUUGUUUUUGCGAACGGUAUUCUAACUUUCCACUUUAACCCAAUCUCACAUUGUGCCAAUGUCAGAAGACGUGUGAGACAACUUAGAGAUUAUGUCGGCGUAAACUCAGAUUGGAUAUGUUACGCCUUAGUAGAUGAUAUCACAGAUAGUUUUGCACCUGUUAUUCAAUCAAUCGAAUAUGAAGCAGAUGCAAUAGAAGAUUCAGUGUUUAUGACCAGAGACAUGAAUUUCGCUGUAAUGCUUCAGAGAAUUGGUGAAGGAAGAAGGAAAACAAUGACACUAAUGAGAUUACUCAGCGGUAAAGCAGAUGUUAUCAAAAUGUUUGCCAAAAGAUGCCAGGACGAUAUCAAUGGCAUCGGCCCUGCGUUAACUUCUCAAGUGAAUAUUGCAAACCUUCAAUUCAAGAUGCCCCCAGACAGCGCUCCUUCUAUCGAAAAAAGACAACAACCUAGAGCCGAUAUUGCAAUGUACCUUGGUGAUAUUCAAGAUCAUAUCGUUACCAUGUUCCAAAAUUUGUCAUCUUAUGAAAAGAUCUUUUCCAGAUCCCAUGCCAAUUACUUGGCACAGCUUCAAGUGGAAUCUUUCAAUUCUAACAAUAAAGUCACAGAAAUGUUGGGUAAGGUUACCAUGAUCGGUACCAUGCUUGUUCCCCUCAAUGUUAUCACCGGUUUAUUUGGUAUGAAUGUUCGUGUCCCUGGUCAACCUGAUGGUGAAGGUACUUUCGGCUGGUUUUUCGGUAUCUUGGGUUUCAUAUUUUUGUUCGCAGCGGGAUCCCUAGUAUUCUCGUCGUACUGGCUUUCCAGAAUAAACCCCCCAACCACAUUGAACGAGGCGGCAACGUCUGGUACCAAAUCUAUUAUAAACUUCAAGAGUAGAUCAUUGAAGAAUCCCCAAUUUAAUCAACCGACUAAAUCCAAUAAGUCGAUGCUCAGUUUCUCCACCAACAAAAUGGGAAGAUAUGAAUAA